CAACAUGUAAAUGUGCAGUCAAUCAUCCGAUUCCAUCAAUUUCAAUCGAAUUUUUGAUUUGAACGGUUCAAAAUGCAAUUUCAUUUGUUAUUAUUAUCAGCACUAUUGGGAUUAUCAUCUCAAGCCAUCAUCCCAUCAUUGUCAUCUGGAACUUUUAUAUUUUCGGAUCCAUCGAAUCAAAAUCCAUUUGGUUUGGGAUUUGCACCAUUUUCAUCAUUCAAUCCAAGUUAUGGGUUAAAUUUGCCAACUUCGCCAUUCAGUAAUUUUUUGUAUUCGUUUGGAUGGAAACCCCUUUCUGCUGGCGCCUCAUCGACAACAAUUGCUCCAUCAACCGAGGUUCCUGAGGUAGUUUCAACAAUUUCACCGCUAGUGGAUUCAGCAGUAACUCCGACACUUCGUAUACCGGUAACAACACGUCCACCAGGCGUUCCUCACCAUUUUACCGAUGACAAUUUAAUUCGAUAUGAAAUUGAAAAUGGAGUCCACAAAAUUACUUCAAAUCAUGAGUCGUAUGAAUUCAAAUUCAGAAAUAAGGCCACGGAAAGUACAUCAAAACCCGAAGAAGCUUCGAAUAAAGUGUCAAAAGAAAGUAAACCAGAAACGGUAACCGAAAAACCAUUGGAAACACCCGUAAAAACAACCGAGAACAGUCCAAUUCUACCUACUCAAAAAGUAUUUGAUCAAAUUACACCGGCACUCAUUCAUUAUUCCGAUGAUGAAAAACUUCCAAUUCAGUCGGCAGCCAUUCCAUUUUCAUCUUUUACAUUUUUAACACUUCCGGAACUUUCAGCCCAACAGUUUAUUGAUACAGACGCUAUAAUAUCAAGAUAUCAAGCACUCCCAUUUGGCGAAAUACACAUAUUCAACGACGGUGUGUUGAACUCACCAAAAUAACUCGGAUAUGGAGACGGUCGGUGUUAUUCAAAAAUGAAGAUUUUUGAUUGAGAAAAAUAACUUUGUUUGAGCACGCAAAAAGUGUCAAUAAAAAACAAACAGAUACAUUUAA